AUGUGCCAGCAGCAACAUGUUCUACUGCAACGCGUAAAUAGUCUGGAGCAAUGGCAAUCCCAGGUCGUGGCCCAAAUGUCGUCAGGCGGAACACAGGGCGCGAACUCCAAUCACUCUGGACAGAGCCAAGCGGUCUCCCAACAGCGAAAACCAGCUAUUCAGUCAGCGCAGCAUGAUACGGUGUCAGACGUGGCGCAAACAGACCAUGUGGUGCACGUGCCGCUGGCGAGCCACGCUCAACAUCAAGGAGAACGGAAUCAGGUCAGUCAGCGAGUGCCGCACCGUAGGGUGUCGAAUUCGUCACAAUCCAACCACGAGAGCCAGAACCAAGCCGUUCAGCCAACACCGCGCAAUGGCGGAUCGCAAUCGACGCAAACAAAUCACGUUUCGGAACAGAUUCACCACCAGGAAGGGCAGCAACUAUCCCUAAAGCAGGAAGACGAAAGCCAGAACGAGGAACAACAGCAACAAUGCCCCAGCAAACCCAAGCCCGGAGUAACCGGCGGCCAUUCACUGAUCAGCGUCUAA